UGUUUAUAUCGUAAAAAUCUAAAAUAAAUUAUCAUUUUUAAUUUCAAAAACGAACAGAAUAAAUUUCAGACUUAUGUCGUACAUUUACUUUGGAACACAAUAUUUCGAAAAAUGAAGUUAAAUAAAUUUGGUAUCCGUACGAAACGCCAAAAGAGAAAGCCAUCUAAGGGAGUAACUACCAAAGGUAAUAAAGUACGACAACAAAAAGCACGUGAACUAUCUGAAGAAUUACCUUCCACAUCCAGGGGUGCUGUAUCGAAACAACUUAGGUCUCGUGAGUUUAACUUACUUAUACGUUGCGCUAAUCAACAAUUCAAGGAGAUUUUUAAACAAUACACUAACAACAAGAAACAUUUUGAAGAAGAGGCCGCAAUCAUAUUUAAUGAUGAAGUUUCAUUAAAUUCAAUGCCUUUGCAUUUAGAAAACAAUAUCGAAGAGUUGAAUAAGAUUCGUGCGAUGUCGGCAUUCCUUUAUAUAGUUUGA